GCUAUGGGAGCGGUUAGGAAGUUUUUUUUUCGUGUUGUUUGGAUUGGCGUUGUACAAUGGUGCUUAUGUUCGUCACUAACAAAAAAUUAAGCCCAUAGUAUUUUGAGGGGCAUUGAAAUUUGAAUAGGAAGUAAGGAACAGGAUUAUAGUUUUGUAAUAAGUACAUGUAAUAAGGAAACCGGAAGAAACAGCGAUAACUGAGUGAUCUGAUACAAUAGUGUGAAUGUAGAAUGUGGAAUUGUCAUAAGUGCGGAAAGCCAGUCUACUUCGCUGAAAGACUAAUAUCAGUAGGUUAUGAUUGGCAUCCAGAAUGCCUGAGGUGUGAAGAGUGUGGAAAAAGAUUGAGACCAGGACAGCAUCUGGAACAUAAAGGUGUUCCUUACUGUCACAUUCCUUGCUAUAGUGCUUUGUUUGGACCAGCUUUAUUUGGUCAUGGAUCUCGGGUAGAGUCUCACUCUAGUUUUGGACAAGUAGAAAAUAAACAAGGAAUGUGCGUUUCAAGGACACACUUGCAAGCAAAGUUAAGAAUUUACAAUAAUUUUUAUGAAGGAAGAAGUGGAGAAAUCAGAAGUAGAGAAAGAAAUGGUCGUCUUAUCUUGGAAGGAACACUUAGAAUUUCAUGGGGAGUUAGUAAAGCUAUACAUCUAAAAGAAGAUCAUGAUGAUAGAAUGCCUGUGAGAAAGAGGAAGAGUUUCCGUCAUUCAGAUGGAAAUGAGAACCUUUCUCAGAAGAUGGAUGACCUUCUUGACUUAGUUGGAAGUGACAAUUUUGACUGGUUGAAUAACAUGAGUGAUAAAGUGAACCGUGAUUUUAGUGAAGUGUUGAAAAAUCUUCCCCACAAGGCUCCUCUUCAGUUCUCUGAUAUGAGCAAUGAUGAUAAAGAAAGUUUAUCAUCUGAGAUUGGAAGAGUUUACAAAACUCUUCCAGCAGGAUUAAUGAAGGAAACAAAACUGAAUCAUGGUUCUGGAGAAAGUGAUGGAAGUACUGAGUCUAAUAAUUUGAGGACAGAUCUAAAUGACCUUUUAUUAGAUACAGAACUUGAAAAUGUACCUCUGAGAAGGAACUUGAAGUCAUCACGAGCCAAGAUUAGACGUCGUUGCUCAAUUAAUGGUCAUUUUUAUAAUCGAGAGACAAGUGUGUUUAAGCCCAGUUAUGGAACUGUAACUACAGUUUGGGUAACCAGUUUAGUCACAACUCCUGAAGUUAUUAACAUGCUUUUGGACAAAUUUAAGGUAGAAAACAGUAGUGAUGACUUUGCACUGUUUAUAGUCAGAGACACAGGAGAAUGUCGACAAAUUCAGGAUCAAGAAUACCCAUUACUUACAAGGGUUAUGCUGGGUCCUAAUGAGGAUGUUGCCAAGAUUUUUAUAAUGAAUAAAAGUCAAACAAAAGAGAUUUCAAGUGAGGUUGCUCAGUACUUGAAUUUAUCUGAAGUGGAGCUAAAAGCAUUUAUACGAAAAUUUAAUGAAGAAGAAGAAAGGGGAAUUCAAAGAAUAAAAAAGAAAUACGAAGAAAUCCAAAGAUAUAUUAAGCUACGUUUGAAAGAAUUGGAAAAGUUUUCGUUAGGUUAAAGGAGAACAUGUGUUAAAACACAAUUUUUGACUUUUUGAUGCUAAUUUUAAUCAGCUGUAUAUUUCUGAGUUCAAAGUAGAAACAAUGUUUUUUAACUUUCAGCAAAAUAGAAAUUGAAGAAUUAGGUUUAGGUCAAUGUACUAAACAUACUUGUAAUAAUAAGAUGCAAUAAUUUAUUGUGAUAACUAUUGACAUUUACAUACUGAACCAGUUUUUUUAUGUUAUUACCUUUAAUACCAUUGCAUGUCAAUAAGUCACAUAUUUCACACUUGUAUUUCAAAAUUGUAAUUUCUUAACUUAUUCCUCAUCACUGGUUUAGCCAUAUGUACCAUAUAGUUAAGGCUCAACUGUUUUUUAAAAUGUGUUCUUAUAAUUACUACAUUUUCUUCAUAAUCUGUUUGUCAUAGUUUUAAAGAUAGUGUUUACUAAAACAGUGAAUUUAAAGAAAAAUCUUGGCAUGGUAGUAAACUCCCAGGGAGUUCAAGAACGUAAGAAAUAUAAGUUAUUUUUCAAGUGUCUUUAACUGUUUUUACUUAAUAAUGAAAUGACUGAUCACCUUAAUAACAAAUGGUAAAAACUGUAAUUUUUUAUGAAUAACUGUUGUCAAAAUGUGUAAAUUGCGAGUAUUGUCAUUCUAAAGUUUAAGCUCAUUGCCCAAGAAAAAAAAAACAGUUAGAAAAAAAACAGGACUUUAUUGAGGUAAAAAAAAGCUUAAAAGACUUGGCCCUUUUUGGGGACAGUUCAUUUUAAUUUAUUUUUUUAUGGUUUGAGUUAUUUUUUCAAAAACUAUGUUGUCUAUUUUGCAACUUAGAAGCUUGUGGCAGCUAGGUAAACUACAGUAAAUGAGAUAUGAUUUGACAGUUAACUACUUUUCAGUUGAAAUUGGAAAGGGCUAUGGUUAAAAAUACGUUAGCUACAACACUUCAAGUCAACCUUGAAAAAAUUUAAUUUUCAAUCAUUAUUUUAAUCGUUUGUGUCAGUCUCAUGUUUCUCUGAAAGUGCAUUAAAACCAUUUACAUACUAUUUAGCUUUUAAACUGUUACAUCCAUUUAAAAUCUUUCAUUUAAUCUUAUCAUACAGUGAAAAUUUAUUUGUAUAGAAUUUUACUUUUAUGAAAUACACUCCUGUCUUCAAUUUUUGACAAGAAAAAUUGCACACACACACACCAUAUUUUAUUAUCUUUAGUGCUGUAUGUUAUUAAAUUUUUGGUAAAUUCUAAAGUACUUAUACAAGUUCCCUGUUAGAGAAACCUUUUAUAAGUAAAUCUGUUGAAUACUUAUAUCAUUUAGGCUCUUUGCUGGAAGUUAUUUGAAACUGAAACCAAGUUCUUCAAUCUUUUCUGCACCUGUUUUGAUAUACAGUUUUUUCUGUAAUUUAUGUUUGUCAUGUUUUUCGAUAACAUUGUGAAUUCUCUAUUCCAUUUUAUUUGUCUGUUCAGAUAUAUACCCUACUCCAUCCACUUCUCUCCCAGUAAAAUAAGUAUUAUCUUAUAAUACAUCUUCCCCUAGAGUAUUUUAUUUGAUUAGUCAUGAACAGGCUUAAAAAUUUACUUUAGAAAAGGCUUCAUAAAAAAAAAGGCUGAUUUUCAAUUUUAACUUUUCAUUUUACCACCCACUAUCUUCUAGUUAAAAUUGCCAGUUAAUAUGUUUUAGUGUAUCACAAUUCCUUGUUUUUAUCACCUUGUAAUUUAUGAAUUUCAAUUCUUUAUUAUACUCUAAUCAAUUCAUACAAUAAAAAACAUGUAAAUGUGUCUACUCCCAUAUAUACACACUUAUAUAUAUAUUGAUAUGUUUUUAUUUUUUCUCAAGAGUUUCUAAGUUACCCAUUAAUGAGGUUUCUCUACUAAUUUUUAAGUAUUUCUGGUGACAUUUGUAUCAUUUACAAGUGGAUCAGUUUGUAUGACAUAGGUGACUGUUUUUUCUUCUUUCUGAAUACUAAUGUAAAAAGGUUUUUACUUUAGUUUUAUGUAUGUAUACAUUAUUUCCAAUGUUAUAGUGGUCCUAUGUCUAAUUCCAGAAAAGUUUAUUUAUAAAGUUUGUUCAAUCUAAUGGCUGAAAGUAAAAUAAAAAUGCAUUAUAAAAGCAAAUGAGAACAUACAAGAUUAUGUAAAUUAUUUGAUUUCAGGAUUUUCUCAAUAUUCUUUCAAAGUUGCUUUGUAUGACAUUAGGACUUUAUGUAAUUGCAGAAAAAAAGAAAAGAAUAAUUUCAUGAGAAUAGAUACCCUACAACAUAUUAUUUCUUGCCUUUUAAAACUUAUAAACCUUUGACAUGCUAGACAAACACAACGCUUAAUAGAUUGUAGAUUAGCACCUAACCUGUUUAGGGCAAUUAAAAAAAAUGUUUUAUAAAUGAUUUUACAGAGAUAAUUGGAUAGUAUUUUGAUUCAGUACUUAAGUACAUCAAAAAUAACUUUGCUAAGCUUUGUGUGGCACUGAAUUUGUUUAACUCUCAUAGAUACAAGUACAGUUGAAAAGUUGUUCUCUAACGUUAUGGUUUGUUGUUACUGGUAAGGGUGAUCUAUACAUGUAUUUGUUGAAACCUAAUUAGUUGGUUCUUUGUGAAAAAUAUAUCUUUUAGUCAACAUUUUUUCUGAGAAUAACUGUUGAUUAAAAAUAUGCAUAAAGAUAUACUUACUUAAAUAACUAUGUGACAAUACUUUAGAGGUUUCACUGUAGUUUGUACCUACAUUUACCAAUCCUGUUUUCUUGAUAGGUACCUGGUGUCACACAAUCAUUCCACUAUUAUUAGUAUUAUUGCAGCAAAUUGUAUAGUUUUUUUGUACACUAAAAGAUUAUUUAUUGUACUAAACUAUUUGUCAUCAAAAUAUAUUUUAUUACUCCCUGGGAGGAACUCGAAAGAUUUUAACAUAAUUAAAAACUUUUUUUUUAUAGUCAGCCACACAAUAAACAUAGUAUAAAACAACAUUUUGCUAUUUCGUAUGCAUGAGGGAUACAAUAUGUAGUAGAUUAUUUCUGUAAGGAAAGCAUUUGUUUGAGUGAAAUGAGUUUUCAUGAUUUUAAACUCAAAAUAGAGUAAUGUAUUGGUGUUUUUUACCCAUUUUUUUAAUAACAGAAAGACAGUAUUAUAUAUUGUUUGAGAUUUUAGAUCGAUUAAAUAUAACUUAUUUGUGAAGUUGUUUUGUAUUAUAAUGAAUCUUGACAUCUUUUGGAUUAUAAUGAUAUUUUUUAAUAAAGCACCAAAUUUCAAGUGAUUAUUCAUUGUAUUACUUACGCAUGACAAGUUAAAAACUGUGUAACUUGCAUAAACAGAAUGAGCCUAUUUUAAUUUUUACAAUUAGGACCAACUGAUUUUAAUUUUUGUCAGCCUCAUUUUAUUUAUUACUUGUUUGAUUGCAAUAUAUAUGUAAUUCUGAUUGCAAUAACUUUACAUAAAUAAAAAUUGAUUGAGCUGAUUUAAUAGUUUUUUCACAACUUCACUCAAAAUUAGCUGUUUACUUGCAUUUCCUUGCUAAAAAAACAACAAUGGCCUCAAGUGUUAAAAUCGUUAGCUACUGAUGUGACUUGUUGUUGUAUGGGACCAAUCAUACUGUUAUAAUGCCAAAGUUAAAAUCUGUAUUUACAUAUUACAAAUGUAUUUUGAUACUGAAACACAUACCCAAAAGCAGUAUUUUAGAAAGACUGAAGUUUGUUUAAAAUGUCUGGAGUAAGUAGAAAAAGGUUUAUUAAAUUGAAAAUUCAAAUUUGUCUUAUAUUUUCAUCAGUAUAAUGUUUAUGUGGUUUGCUGGUUUUGAUCUUGCCUUAAUCACUUUUACUGCUAAGAUGCAUAGUUAGAAGGAAAUUGCGUGCUAUAUUUGAACUUUUCAAACGUUACCAGAAGUUGUACAGUUAAAUUUUCUAUGUCAACUUUUCUUCAUUGCUAAUGUAAUUGUCUAAUUCAAAAAAAAAAGGAAUCUUUGUCACAUUUAAAUACAUGAUGAUAGUGUGUGUUAUGAAUAAAGAUAGUAAAUGAUGUAGGUAAAGUUCGUUUUUGUAUUGAAACAUAACUAAUAAGCUUUAUUAUUGGCAUUAUAUACAAGAAGUUGUGAUGAAAAAAGGAAGUGUAAAUAUAUAUAAUUAUAUUUCAGAUUGUAGGUGGAAGUAAAUAUUAAAGAUAAUAAAAACUAACAGCCUUCUUAUGCACCAGUUUUCAUAAGAUGGUACAGAAUUUUUUUAAUCGUAUGUUUUUAUCUGAGCUAUUAAUUAACAAGAACUUUCUUCCAUUUAUCAUUUAUGGUUCUCUGUAAAAAAAAAUCGUAGUGUAUACUGGAGGGAUUUAGAAAUUGUAGCAAUAAAGUUAGAGAAUAAAGUUAGUUUAUUGUUCAGAUAAUAAUAAAAAUGUUUCAGCUAACGUUUCGCCAUUGUCACUUCGUCAAGGAUAGCUAGUAGUACAAACAAUUCUUGUACCACUAGCCCUGAUGAAACUGUAAUGGUGAAACGCUGGCUGAAAUAUUUUUUUUUAUUGUAAGGAGAAUAAAGCAUUUUUUUUCAAACUUUAUUGCCAAAAACUGGUACUGUACUAUUUAAAUUUUUUCAGCCAGUUUAUCUUCUUUCUUUUUUCUCACAUAUACGGUAUCAAAGUAAAUCAUGUAAAAUUUACCUUUCCUAAAGAUAAGUUUCAACACUUUUGUAUUAUAUGUUAAGUAAAUCUGUAGAUGAAAUGUGUUAGAUGUUAUAUUCUUUGUGAAUUGCCUUUAUAGAAUUUUACAGGGUUUUCUUCAAUCAGUAUUGUUUGUAAGUUUUUGAUUUUUGUCAAAUGGUACUGUCAUUUUCACUGGAAGACAGCAACAGAUUUCCUAGUCAAUAGUAUUAUACGUUUUAUAUAAAUGUAUAUGUUCUCAAUUUUUCCGUUCUUGAUAAGAUGUUAACACGUCUAUCGUGUAGUUCUUGAAUACCUAUAAAGUUUUCACAUAUUCAGUGUUAGUUAUAUUUUAAAAAUAAAAUAAUAUCUUUAAUUAUUCACCUGAAUCGUGUUUUACUGUGUGAAGAGUCCAUAAAGUGAUCAAUGUUUAGUGUGCUGGACUAUAGAGAUAGGGUUCAGUGGGUCGUGUUUUGUUAUUGUGAAACACUAAAAAAAUAAAUGGUUCAGUGGGUCGUGUUUUGUUAUUGUGAAACACUAAAAAAUAAAUAAAUCGCGCUCUUCACUUUGGGGCCGUGGGUACAUUACAAUUAAUAGUGACGAUAAAAUCUCACCAUUCAGUCUGACAAGAGUAGCCUAGAUGUUAGCAAUGGAUGUUGUUGACUGACUAGCUACCUUCUCUCUAGUCUAUCACUUCAAAAUUAUGGACGGCUAGCGCAGAUAACCCUCGUGUAGCUUUGCGCGAAAUCCAACAAACAAAUAUAAAGUUUGAGUAUUCAUGUGUUAACCUUUCAUUAUAGGAUGUUUAAUUAUUUGUUUGUGUAAUAUAAUUAGAAGAUUGGUGCUGUAGCCUUCCGAAAAUGUUAAGAGUGAAGGCUCCAAUCAUUAAUUUUUGUGUAUUUAGGUUGUGGGUUUAGGGCAUUAAUUUUGUACUCAUUACCAAUGUAUAAACCACAUUUUGUAAAACCAAUUAUUUAAUUAAGAUGGUGCUGAACUAUUUCAAUGCAAAUUGAAAACUUGUAGUGGUAUUUCUUUUUAGCGAAUAUACUAGUUAGAUAUGGGUAUGAUUUAUAUAAAAAUACAAAUUGGUUGUCUAAGUACAUUUGUCAACAAAGUUGUGAUUUUUGAAAUUUUCUGUACUUGCUGUUGUAUACGGUUAUGUGUAUCACAAGUCAGUCACUUGGUGUUCAAAGCAUGCUAUAGAGAUUUUGAAAAUGAUUACAGUUUUUGGAAUAAUAAAACAUUUUCUUUA